AUGUCUUUCUUCUCGUCACUCUGCGGGUGCUUCGCCCAAGACGUGAAGCCCUCGCAGUCCCAUUCUUCCCCGGAGAUGAUGACCCAAAGACCCAACCCCAACGGCAUCCAGACAGGACACUUUACACUCUCCGGGGAAGGCGCAUUUAUCCGCUCAGCACCGCCAACCGGGGGCCGUGGGCACGGACCCCCGCCCUCUGACUCCGAGGAUGGGGGCUAUUCCAGCGUGGUCCCUCUCCCGCAGUACACAGCCCGUCCAAUGAGCCUCCAUGAGAAGACUCUAGAAGCCCAUAUGCGUGACCCACCUAUUUCCUCCGAGUCCCAGAACUCUUACCCCCAUGACGAAAAAAACUCCAAUCGUUACGACGAAGAUGUCACCUCCGAUAGUUCAUCGGCCAUUUCCUUUCCCAGCAGCUACGGCAAUACCUCCACCGCAACGAGGGAGACUCCACCACCGCCAUAUUCUCCCCGUCAGUCUGUAAUGCUGGGUCGUCGCUCGCGGUCUAUGUCCAUCUCGUCCGCUAUGGCGGUCAUCAUUAAUCCACCACCCGCUGCCCGCAUGAACGGCUCGCGGACUGGACCUACAUACUCUGAGGAUGACCGGUCCAUUCGUCGUCAUCGACGGGUCUCUUGGGAGAGCCAGUGA